AUGAAUGGCCAGUAGUUCCCUCGCCAGCCAAGAGAGCGCGCGCUGAUCGUCGCCACCUACUGCUGUAUGAGAAAUUGUGCCAGGAAAAACACUAAGCAAACGACAACAAAAUUCUUUAUGGCGAGAGCAGCAGCCUACAUUUCUUUACUUCAGGUCAGAGCAGGUUGCUCGUUUCUUCUCCAGUGCUGUUAGAUUAGUUGCUGUCUUUGUGGUGAGUCUUUAAUCCAAUGACAAGAGUACCGUUGCCAAAAUGGAAAACAGUCCUUUAUCGGAAACUGUCAUUUAUAACCAAGGGUCACCAUUCCGUGAAGAGGAAUUGAUCUCCAAAGUUAUUCCUCAAACAACUCUGUACGAUACCUAUGUUUCCAAGACAAUUUUAUCUCCAGGCAUCAAGGGACUGAGACCUCAUGUCCAUUCCACAUGCACUUUUGUUGUUGAGAGUCUUGAGCUGCUCGACACAGACUUCUCACAGGUUGUUAAAAGUAAUUCUAUGUUUAGUACAAACAUUGAUCAUAAUCUGGAACUUGGCUCAUGUAAUUCAGAAAUAGAUAAAGCUCUUGAGUUAGUUCUGUUGGAUAUGAACGAGGGUGAGAGAAGUGAAGUGAUAUUGUCUGCCACCAAAAGAGAAGGAAAGCUUAGAGACCAAUUCAUUCUACCCGUCCCUUGUAUAAAGUGUGUCAUAAAUUUAGGGAAAGUAACUGAACUUCCCAAGCAUAAAAAAUCUUCACUCCCUUCAAACAACUAUUUAUUGUCAAUUUUGAAUGCCAGUACUGAAGAAAAACUUGAAAUGGCUCUGAAUGAUAAGUCAUGUGGUGUUGAUUUGUUCAAGAAUGAACGAUAUGUAGACGCCUUCCACAGAUUUGCAUUGGGUGUGAAAAUACUGUUGACAGUUGAUAUGCAAGAACUAACUCCGUCCCUGCAAACUCUACUCUCCACACUUUGUAGCAACAUGGCAGAGUGCCAACUUAAGGAGAACAAUCCCACAAUGGCUGUAUCCUUAUGUGCAAAGGCCCUUCACCAUGACCCUUCUAAUGUGAAAGCAUUGUAUCGCCAAGCCUCAGCCUCUUGGGCACUGGGAGACACCGACCAAGCUGAUUUGUUAUUGCAAAGACUCCUACAACUGGACCCAAAUAAUUUGUCAGCAAAACGCCUCAAUUGUGAAGUACAAGUCAAAAUUAAAAAGUACAAGGAUGAAUACUCCAAAAUGAUGAAGAGAAUAUUCAGUAGCUAGUAAUAGUUUAUAUUAAGAAUUCAAGUGUGUGUAUUAUGAUGCAUGGGUAGAAGUGGAGAAUAAACAGAGCAAUAUUUUUGAGGAAAA